AGCAUACAGGGAAUAAAUAUUUUUGGCUGGAUAAAUUUGGUUCCCCUGGUUGAAAAGGCCAACAUUUGCAACAGCCUCUGCAGUGUGAACACACUUUCAGCUCAGUUGGAGGACCUCAAGUUGCUACAGACUAAUUAUUAAUUAAAUAUGUAGCACAGGUGUGGACCUACGCCCUCUCCUGCCUUUGAUAUUUAAACGAGGGCCAGCAACAGAUUGUCAGGAUUAGUAUAUGUUAGGCGUUAACAUGAAGGUCCCAGAGAAGGAGUUAAUGAGCGAUGUUUUGAAGCGUUUGACAGGCGAGUCCGCGCUCCCUGUGUACUGCAACAUUGCCAAGUUCAAGCGAGCCAAGAACGGCUUAUACUUUAUUGCCGAAGACUUCAACGAAACCGUGAAAAAAAGAGAGUUGGUUAAUGCUAAGGAACGACAGAGAAUCAGAAACUUGAACACCAUGUUCUCCCGCUUGAAGCGCAUGGUACCACUUAUGCAUCCGGAUAGAAAACCCAGCAAAGUGGACACCCUCAAAGCUGCGACGGAAUACAUUCGAUUGCUUGUUGCAGUUUUGCAGGACACUAACUGUGAUGAAGGCAGUGGGACUGAUUUCCUAAAGAAUGCAAUCGCUUAUAGUCAGACUGAAGUUAUGGGCAAUGACCUAUGGAGCGUGGAUGACUUCCUGAACAUGUCAGAAGAGCAUGUGGAAGAUGGGUUCACCAUGCCCACAGAGCCGGUAGCAGAGGACGGAGAUAUGACCAGAAUGUUACUGCAACGCUGCAUGAUGCCUGCAUACCAGUUCAUCAUCCAAGUAGCACCUGAUCAGACUUCGAUGCCUCAACUCUGCUGAGUGGUGUUCAGAGUAGAUGGCUUGGACCAACGCUGGAAACAUGCCAGGACAGCUCCAGAGGUGUCCUAACUGGGUAGGAGCUGCCAGGAGGCAGCGUUCAGACAGAGAUAAGCGCACAGACUCAGGAGGAGAGGAGUUUUACUUGCACUUAAUGAGCUUGUUAAAAAAUAGCUUGGUCAUAAAUGGAAUGGUUUUUGUGACGGCGCUUGUGCAAGAUGCAGCUGCUCCAACAAAAGGAAGCACACAUGCUAUCUUCACUGAAACUGUAGUUAUUGCAUCUUUAGGCUACACAUUUUAUUGUGCAGCAGCAGUGAUGAUUUGAGUCUAAGCCGACAGUCUUGGCUGUAAUAAAUGAGACGUCGAUCGCUCUUGUAGCUCCACUGGUGAUGUAAUGUUUUGUUUGUUUCUACACCAUUUCAUGUUAAUCAUUGAGAAACCAGCUACAAAUAUGCAGCUCACCGGUUUCCUUUGACAUGCUAGAGUCGUCGAUGGCACACACAUCAAAAUAAUCACUGCGAGCACCAACGAACGUGCUUCUGUUUGUGAAAAUGUUAUCCCAGCAUUAACAUGUAGGUGGUUGUCAACUACGUGGUCCUUGAUUUACUCGAUUUAGUGGCCAAAUGGAUCCACACACGACUCAAGUGACGGUGAAAGUGGAUUGAAACUUUGAAAAUAGUUGUUCCCUAAAUGCACAUAUUCAUUAUAGGGAAUU